AUGCGCGAGGCAUCCACUUCUCGUGCUGGUGGGCCGACCACCACGCCGACCAUCGUGCACCCUUCAGGCCAAGAGGUGCGACGACAAGAGGAAGGCGCCAACGGCCUCUCGACGUCGUCCACUCCGCCCAGUCCCCUCUCCGAACCACCAUCAGCUCGGCCCCGCAGCAAAGCCAUGGCAGAGACGCGCCGUGUCAUCCUCAACUUCACCCCAUCCUGGUUCAGCGUCAACAUGGGUACGGGAAUCGUCUCGAUUCUGCUGCACGAGCUGCCUUACCAGUUCCGUGGGCUGGGCAUCAUCUCGAAUGUCAUCUUCGGAUUCAAUGUGCUCCUCUUCCUCCUCUUCCUCCUCAUUAGCGCAGCACGCUACAUCAUCUGGCCGCAGAUGUUCCCUACCAUGCUCUUCCACCCUACCCAGUCCCUCUUCCUGGGCACCUUUUCCAUGGGCUUCACCACCAUCGUUAACAUGUGCGCACUCUCAGCUGCUCCAGCCUGGGGGUCUGGCUUCGCAACAUUCACCUGGGUCCUCUGGUGGAUCAACAGCGUCAUCGCAGUCUUCGUCUGCAUCGGUUUGCCCUUCCUUCAGUUCACGAGACACCAGCAUGCCAUCGACAAGAUCACUGGCGUCUGGUUCCUGCCCGUCGUCUCGACGGUGGUCACGGGUGCCUCGGGUGGCAUUGUGGCCGCUAUCCUGCCUCCGCAUCACGCGAGGCUUACGCUCAUCGUUUCGUGGAUCCAGCUCGGCACUGGUCUCGGCCUGGCAAUCUUGCUCAUGGCGCUGUACUAUCUGAGACUUGCAGUCUACAAGAUCCCGCCAGCCGCUCUCGUCGUCAGCGCCUUCCUUCCCCUUGGUCCAUGUGGCCAGGGCUCAUUUGGGCUUCUCAAGCUCUCUGCGACCCUCUGGUCACUCUCCAAGUCAACAGGUCAGGCGCUCGGCACACCCGCGAGUGCCACGGCGGACGAUGCGCGGACAAUGGCAACCGCAAUAUACGGCGUUUCGAUCGUCGCAGCACUGCUUCUCUGGGGACUGGGACUAGUCUGGCUCGUCCUAGCCGUCAGCCUCUUCAUCGAUAUGGCCUCGGUGACAUCGCUGGAGUUCUCCCUCUCCUGGUGGGGACUCACCUUCCCCCUCGGUGUCUUCGCUUCAGCGGCAAUCCAGUUCGCAAAAGAGUUGGAUAGCGGUGCGUGGCGCGUCAUAGCCACUAUUUUGAGCCUGUGCGUCGUCCUCUUUUGGCUAAUGGUGGCCAGCUUGACAACGCUCGGCGCCUUGAAGGGCAACAUAUUCCACUCGCCAUGCCUCGCUGAAGCGGGCGGAAGACCUCCAGCUAAAUCGCUCGAGGAUAGGCGAUUGUACAAGUACGAGCCCAAAGAGACUAGCAGGUCUAGGUCCAGGUCGAGGGUCAGAGGGAGGUCGUGA